AAAAUGUCGUCGUCCGCCAUCUUCAUUCUGGACAUCAAGGGAAAGGUGCUCGUUAGCAGGAAUUACCGCGGCGACAUCGAUAUGAGCCUCAUCGACAAAUUUAUGCCGCUGGUGAUGGAGAAGGAGGAAGAAGGCUUGCAAACGCCCAUCAUCCAGCUGGAUUCCGUCUCCUUUGCUUACGUAAAAACAAAUAACCUGUAUAUCGUGUCGAUUACGAAGAAAAAUGCAAACAUUGCAAUGGUUUUCGUGUUCCUUCACAAGGUGGUGACAGUCUUUACGGAGUACUUCAAGGAGAUGGAAGAGGAAAGUAUUCGCGAUAAUUUCGUGUGCAUCUACGAAUUGCUCGACGAACUGCUGGAUUUUGGGUAUCCCCAAACGACAGACAGCAAAAUCCUGCAAGAAUACAUUACGCAGGAAGGACACAAAUUGGAGAUACAGCCAAGAAUCCCUCUGGCUGUCACAAAUGCCGUUUCGUGGCGCUCCGAGGGCAUCAAAUACAGAAAGAACGAAGUUUUUCUCGAUGUCAUCGAAAGUGUCAACUUACUGGCGAACGCCAACGGGAAUGUCUUGCGAUCCGAGAUUGUGGGUGCAAUUAAAAUGCGCGUUUAUCUCUCGGGCAUGCCUGAAUUACGACUAGGUCUCAACGAUAAAGUGCUCUUCGAGAGUACCGGACGUGGCAAAUCCAAGUCUGUCGAGCUGGAAGACGUCAAAUUCCAUCAAUGCGUCCGAUUGUCACGCUUCGAGAACGACCGGACAAUUUCAUUCAUUCCGCCCGACGGUGAGUUCGAGCUCAUGUCCUACCGGCUAAACACCCACGUUAAACCCCUCAUUUGGAUUGAGUCCGUGAUCGAGCGUUUCGCGCAUAGUCGCGUCGAGUACAUGAUUAAGGCGAAAUCCCAAUUUAAACGGAGAUCGACGGCGAAUAACGUGGAAAUUAUUAUUCCUGUGCCGAUGGAUGCGGACUCGCCAAAGUUCAAAACCACCAUUGGCAGCGUUAAAUAUGCGCCGGAGCAGAACGCCAUCACAUGGAGUAUCAAGAGUUUCCCCGGUGGCAAGGAGUAUCUUAUGCGGGCGCAUUUUGGACUGCCUUCAGUGAUGUCGGAAGACACGGAGGGAAAACCCCCAAUCCAAGUGAAAUUUGAAAUUCCCUAUUUUACGACGUCGGGCAUUCAGGUUCGCUAUCUUAAAAUUAUCGAAAAAAGUGGCUAUCAAGCUCUGCCAUGGGUGCGCUAUAUAACACAAAACGGAGACUAUCAGUUGAGAACAAAUUAAUUAACACUUUGAUUUCGGAUUUUAAGUUUAACAGUGCACUUCCAUUUUAAUUUAGUAUUAUUCCAUAUAAAUAUUUUAUACAAUUUUAUUAAUAUUAUUGUUAAAAAACAUUAUUCAAAUCUUAGUUUGAGUCGUAUUUUGGCUUUUACGCAAAACGAAGUGGCUAGAUCUACCUCGGACGGCAGUUAAAAUUAAACUUAACUAUUAUUUUAGCAAUUAUUAUAACAAAAAAAAUGAUUAUGAGAAAAAAAUAAAGA